AUGUCGAGCAAGCUAAUGGCAUGGAAGACCCGAGGGUACGCCAGCAAUGUGAGCACACAGAAUUGGCAACCACACCCCAUUAUGGAGCUACAAACUCUUUACCUCGUGCUCAACAACACCCAUACAAGUGAUCAGGAUAAAAAAGAAGAAAAGAAGAAGAAUCAACGUGGGAAGCCUGGCAAUGUCAACAACGAUGGAGAUUCUAUUAAUAAGCCCGGAAACACUGGCAGUGGUCGCGGCCCUCCUGGACAAAGUAGAGGUGGCCACAAUACCAAAGGAUGUGGCGGCCCUCCUAGCCAAAGCGGAGGUGGCCGCGAGCGUAAAAGGGGAUUCAACAAUGGCAGCAAUGGGAGCCCACAAAUCCAACACAAGAAGGCCUGCAACAUUGGCAUUGGUGGCAUCUCUGCUAGCAAAUCAUCGGAGGAGGCUAGCGAUGCUGGCAGCAAUGGCGGCCGUGAUAGCAAAUCAGAGGAGGCUAGCGAUGCCGACAGCGGCAGCGGCCCUGCUAGCCAAGCCGAUGAGGCCGGAGACGACACCAGCAGCAGUGGUGGCGAUUCUUCUAGCCAACCUGGAGAGGUCGGUGAUGGUGACAGCAGCGGUGACUCUGCUAGCGAACCCGGGGAGGCCGGUGACAACGGGGAUCUUGAUCUACGAUGCCAGGGCCACGGUCGACCUCGGGUGGAGCUAUUGGCCAUACAUGCUGAUCUUCAUGUCAAAGGCACGGAAAUCGUCGUCUUUGACGGCAGACGAGGCCAGAUCAUCUAUAGGAAGGAGGAAGGAGAAGAGGAGUCCGAACAGGGAAUGGUCGAGUUGGUACUGACUGGACCCUACAAAGGCAUCUCAGCUUAUGGGUGCUUCGCCAUUAAAAUUAACAUCCCACCUGCCACUGCCAGUAGCAGCAGUGGCGAUGCCGGUGGUCUCAUCCAAUGGGAAUGGGACUGUUAUGACCCCAAGUACGCCGCCCAAGUCGACCAACUACCCGUGAGCCAUACCAUCUGCGCUCCGGACAUGCGCCCCGAGGUAGCUGAGGUCACCUACGUUGUGAUGUCAGAUGCCCUGGAGGCCACAGUGCAGGUCAGGCUGCGACUCAAAGAUGGGCAUAACACUGCUGGCAUUGGUGGUGAGAUCACUGCACGUAUCGACGGCUUUGAAGACAAAUACAGGAGCGUCCUCUUCAGGUGUGCAAAGGGGACGCGUCAGUGUUUCUCCCCUACCGAUGACGACUCGUGGUUCCUUCUUGAGCUGGCGAGGAAUGUGGUUGCAGUGCCAUGCGGCAGUGCGCUUCAAAUAGAGGUGAACCUCCAGAUUGAAACUGGCGAUGGCAAGAAAGUUAAAUUGAAUAAUGUUCCUCUCCGCUUCGCAAAUGGAAUUAGUUCCAGUAAAACUGACGACGGCAAUGAAGUGGAAGUGGAAGUGGAAGUCACCUGGUACCCGGAGAUCGCACGACCAAUAAGUCACCCUCCGGAGCAAAUAAUAACCAGCAAAGAGGCUCAUCUGGAGAAAUCUAUUACUGCUCCGUCGUCGUUAGAACAAAUCAUCAGUGGUACACUGGAGGCCAAAAUGGUUUCGGGGCAUCGAACUGUAGUGUACACCAUCGGAGACGAACUGUCGUUCACUGAAUUUAUAAUGGCUCUCCGUGGCAUCCUCGCUGACCAUCCAGACCGCGAGGAUAUCUUUGAUCGCCACCACAGUUCAAUUCUCUCCUCCACCAGAGAACACCCAGUGCUCGCCAAGCAACGUGCUGAACAGCCGGCGAGGUGGAUUCACGUCAAGCUGCAAGUAGUGAAGGGAGAGCAAACGAUGUCGACAACCCUAAUCAUGCGGGACGACAACUUGUAUGUCUGUGGCUUCAUGAACCAGCAAGGAGAUUCAUUUGAGCUCAUCGAGAACCCGGAUAGAUCUGCCGAUAUACUCCCAGUCGAUGAAUACAAUCCCCAACGCCUAAGCUGGGGUGUCGGUUACAGAUCCUUACUGGACUUCGACACUAAAGGUGGUCUUGAGAGACUACUGGAGUACGUGAAUCCGAGCCAGUACUUCGCCAUGGAUGCCGUGCACGUGCUGUCGUGCUUCCCAGCUUGGGUUGACCAUCCAUGCUUGAAGUCACCCAGAUUGGCACUAGCGGGGCUGAUCCUCAUCGUCUGCGAGUCUGCAAGGAUGAAUCCAACCUACAACUUCUUUACAAGCUCGUGGAGCAGGAGCACGGAAGAUUACACGUCAUUUUCCGACAGGAAAUUAACCCAUGAUUACGUGUUGAAUAAAUAUGGGAGGAUGUCACGCCAGCUGCUAGCAUGGAAGAGUAGAAGAUAUGCCAACCCGCACCCUAUUUCACUGCUACGAGACAUUUACCUCGUGCUCAACUACCGUUUGGAUCCACCUCAUCAGGCCGGCGGCGCCGAGAGCAGCAGCAGCUUCAUGGACCUUUCUUGGUCGCGACAUCGGAAGGCUGACGGCGCCAAGGACCGACCUCGGGUGGAGCUGUUGGCCAUGCAUGCAGACCUUGGGGUCCUUGGCACAACCGUAAUAGUCUUCGACGGGAAACGAGGCCAUAUCAUCUAUAGGAAGCAGGAACAAGGAGAAAAGGGAAAAAUGGUUGAUUUGGUGCUCACGGGACCCUGCACAAGCAUCUUGGCAUACGGGUGUUUUGCCAUCAAAAUUGACAUCCCAGGACCCUACACAAGAACUUGCGAUGGCGGCGGCGGCGGUUCCAUCAAAUGGGAAUGGGACUGCUAUGACCCAGAGUACGCCAGGGAAGUUGACAAAGGACCCAUGACUCAGACCAUAAGCUCUUCAGGCCCCGGCCGCAACGUUAAGAUCACCUAUGCGGUGAUGUCCAACGCCCUGGAGGCCACAGUGCAGGUGAAGCUGCGGAUGAAAGAUGGGAACAGCCCUUGUAGCGUCUACGGUGUUAUUACCGCUAGCAUUGGUGAUUUCAAAGGCCAGAGCAUCCUCUUCUCGCGUACAAAGGAGACGGCACAGCAUCUCUCUCCAAUGACGGACUCGCCGCAGGGCGUCCUGUAUCAGCUGGUGCGGUCCCUUGAGCUGGCCAGGAAUGUGGUUGCGGUGCCAUUUGGUAAAUGGCUUCACAUAAGGGUGGACCUGAGCAUUGAAACUUCCAAGAACCAAGGGGCUAGUAUUAAUCCGCGUUUCAAUAAUAUUAUUCUCUCCUUCGACAACCGCAGUAGCUGGUCGAUUCAACGUCGUGAAGUGGACGGGUAUGAAGUUGAAGUGAACGUCGCCUUGUACCCUUGUGGUGAGAGUGUCCCGCGACCGUGGAAGAUCAGGAUGUGGCAACCUGACAUAUCCUACAUGGUUGGGAAUGAUGCAGAAGGAUUCAGUACAUUCAUCAUUGAGCUGCGUAGAUUGGUGACCGACCACCCACGCUGCAGGGAUCUCGUGGCUAAUCAUCCAGAUCUCUCAUCCAGAAGUAACAACAAAGUGCUCCGCAAAGUCAACCUGACAUAUCCUGACACUCACCGCAUCCAAUCAGAAAGUUUGUUUCACAUCAAACUGGAAGCGGAAGCGGAGGAGGGCGUGGAAAAAACGUCAUCGAUAAUCUUAGUCAUGCGGUGUGACGACUUGGACGUAAUAGGCUUCAUCAACAUGCAGGAUCGUCGAGCCUUCUGCUAUGAGCCUGGCUCUCGUCGGGAGCUCCCAGGAGAAUAUAGUUCAAAACUUCUACGGUGGGACUACGGAAGGGACAGGGAGCAAAUACUGGGCCCCGCGAGGCUGGGCAAGACCUUCAUGGCGGAAGCCGUGCGCGAGCUAUCGCGCUUUACAGAUAAGGGGCCGAGUGAGAAAGCCAAGCGGUCACUGGUGGGCCUGAUGAUCAUGGUCUGCGAUUCAGCGAGGAUGAAUCCUGUCCUCCAGGCCAUUGCCGGUGGCUGGAACAACGGGACCAAAUUCACCAAGGAACUGAUGGGUUACAUAAAGAACUGGCCAGUAAUAUCAGGAGCACUGCUGGACUGGAGGGAUCACGCCUACCAAGGAUGGCCUCAAAACAGCACGCUAGAGUCGAUGGGAAUCACGAGCGCAGAUGAUGCACUAAAACUUGUCCCCCUCGUGUUCAAUCAUCCGGAUCGGAUAUGCCCACCAUACUACUAG